CGCCAGCCUUUUGCUCCUUCCUUUCAUUAAACAAACAGGAGAUCCUGAAACCUGGACCCUGUGCUAGCUGCAGCUCAAGGAGGAGGCGGAGGAGGAGGCAGAGAGCGGGAUGGGCGCUGAGGGGGAUCCGUGAUCCCGCGCUCCCCGCCCCACGCGCGCGCGCGCGCGCACACACACACACACACACACACACUCUCACACACACACACACACACACACACACACUCGCACAAACACACGCGUACACGCCCGCGCCGCGCGCUCGCCGGUUGGAUCUCCCACGCAGGCGGAAUGCAGCAGAGCCCGGGGAGCGGGUCUCCGACCGCUGCUUGAAUGCACCUCGCUGCCGGGAGCCGGACGGCCCAGUAGGGCGCACGGGAGGAGGGUCCGCCGAGAGAGCCUGGACAGUUUAAGACGGUGCAGCCUUGCUACAUGUUGUAAGAAAUGGCUGUAGGAAACAACACUCAACGAAGUUAUUCCAUCAUCCCGUGUUUUAUAUUUGUUGAGCUUGUCAUCAUGGCUGGGACAGUGCUGCUUGCCUACUACUUCGAAUGCACUGACACUUUUCAGGUGCAUAUCCAAGGAUUCUUCUGUCAGGACGGAGACUUAAUGAAGCCUUACCCGGGGACAGAGGAAGAAAGCUUCAUCACCCCUCUGGUGCUCUAUUGUGUGCUGGCUGCCACCCCAACUGCUAUUAUUUUUAUUGGUGAGCUAUCCAUGUAUUUCAUAAAGUCAACCAGAGAAUCUCUGAUUGCCCAAGAGAAAACAAUUCUGACCGGAGAAUGCUGUUACCUGAAUCCCUUACUCCGAAGGAUCGUAAGAUUCAUAGGGGUAUUUGCUUUUGGGCUUUUUGCUACUGACAUUUUUGUAAACGCUGGACAAGUGGUCACGGGGCACCUGACGCCGUACUUCCUGACAGUGUGCAAGCCCAACUACACCAGCGCAGACUGCCGGGCACACCACCAGUUCAUCAACAACGGGAACAUCUGUACUGGGGACCUGGAAGUGAUAGAGAAGGCUAGGAGGUCCUUUCCCUCCAAACAUGCUGCUCUGAGCAUUUACUCCGCCUUAUACGCCACGAUGUACAUCACAAGCACAAUCAAGACGAAAAGCAGUCGACUGGCCAAGCCGGUGCUGUGCCUCGGGACCCUCUGCACAGCCUUCCUGAUGGGCCUCAACCGGGUCUCCGAGUAUCGGAACCACUGCUCCGAUGUGAUCGCGGGCUUCAUCCUGGGCACUGCUGUAGCCCUGUUUCUGGGAAUGUGUGUGGUCCAUAACUUUAAAGGAACACAAGGAUCUCCUUCCAAACCCAAACCCGAGGACCCCCGUGGAGUACCCCUAAUGGCUUUCCCAAGGAUAGAAAGCCCUCUGGAAACCUUAAGUGCACAGAAUCACUCUGCCUCUAUGACCGAAGUUACCUGAAACGGCUGAUGUGUCACAAGCUGCUUUUUUUUUUUUUUUUAAAUCACCCUCCAAUUCGAUACUUCAAGGCACACAGUUACUUGAUGUCAAACUGUGAAGACAAGUAUUAUGUUUAUCUAGUUAGAGGCUAAUGUUUUGUACAUUUUUUGUAUGAGGAAGUGAUGUAGCUUGCCCUGAUUUUUUCUUUUUUUUUUUAGUCAGCUUUAAUAUAUUUAUGCCAGAAUUUUAAAAAAAUUUUCUUCUUCAGGUGUGCAUUGAAGAACCACAUUUAUUCAAUGGUUGAUGUUGUUUUGUGAUAUUUGUACACAAACCUUCUUUUCUCAGUUUUAUAGACACUGAAAUGAAAUAAUUCACUUUAAUCUUUUAUUAUCACAGUUGCUGCCUCCUCCAGAAUUUUUGAAUUUAAAAAUAAAAAAAACUUCUGAGUUGCAGGGAAGACAAUGUUGGUUUAUGGUAAAUUGCAAAAUCAAUUGUGUAGAAAGAAGUAUUGCUUUGAAAAAGAACUUUUUCUGAUUCCUUAACAUGUGAUUGCAUUCGAAGUUAAAGUAACAUAUUAAUAAAAUCACCUAAGUUACAUAAACAAUGGCAGGAAAUCCUGGAUUUGAGGAAUGUUGGGUAUGAUUCUUAGGUAAUGGCCUCUCCUGGUUAAGAAAUUCAAGAUCUUUUUGCAAUUAUGUCUUUGGGCUGGCAGGUGACACUGCAGCCUUCUUUCCCAAGAAACUGCCGGUACCAGCGUCCCCUGUCAACUCAGUUUUGUAGGUCAUAUUGUAUGGACUUUAUAUGAAAAUGAAUAUUUUACAGUUUGCACAGUAUUAUUUUGCAGAAAGGGUAUCAGAGCAUCUACAACCUAGAGCCCCAGAGCAACAGCUUGACUUUGUGGCUUUUAAUUGUUCUAGAAUUUUAACUGCAUCACAUUUUUCUAGCAUGGUAAUAACUAAUGUGUAACUUCCUUGAGAGCGGGAGCUCCCUUGUCUGUAUCUAUCAGAAUGUUUUCUCGACACUUCCACGUUGGUUCUUCUUAGCUUUUUUUGUACAUGUUUUUUUUCUAAAGAAAAAAGUUAUCACAAAAUGUA